ACUCCGAGGCGAUGGAAAAAGCUAACGCGAGGGAGAGCAUCCGCCAGUUUCUGAUACAGGCGAAGAAGGCCAGUCGGGAGGACUUGGAUCAUUUGCGAAAGCACAUACGCGAGCUGAUCGACUUUCGGAUGGGCUGCUUCAAGAAAGCCGCGAUCGAGCGCAAGUCGGCCCGUUUGGAGAAACGCAAACUGCGACGCGCCGCCGCCAAUCGACGACGAUCGCCAGACAGCCUCGGCGGACGAAAAAUUCACAAGGGAGGACCGAGAGAUGCUAAAACGGAUCUCACGAAUGGUCCAGGAAUCGUCAAACCCGAAGUCGCUACUGGAUAUACCGUUGACUCGUGA